UGUUGAACGCUCUUUCAAUUAAGACCCCGCUCUGGGCAUUACACGCAGAACUCAUCACAUGUAAUGAGGCUAAACGGCGGAAUAUUUGCAACAAAGACACCUUGGAUGGUUCCUAUUGUUAGAGGGACUUAAACACCUUUUCAGAGUUAAAUCCCUGAUUGUGCGUCUCCAGCGGGAGGUGGUAUUAAAAUGCGCCGAUAACAAAUGGUUUUUUUGGAGAGGCUGCUACUCGGUGGGAGGAGCGAGAUGGCACAACAAUUAAAGAUGAACUUUGUGUGAACUAAUUUCUGUCGCCAAGCCAAAGUAACAGGAGGCCGAGACCUGGGGGGGAAAGGGUAUAAAAAGGCCGUAGAAAACACCCAAGACUUUCAGUAGCAAACAAACUCUUGCUCCAUCUAAAAGUCCUCACAGGUUUAUAGUUGGUUUGGUUUUACUCGACUCGUUACGCGCACUAGUACAAUGGCUUUGAACACUUUGGUGGCGACACUUCUGUGUACGAUUGUGCUUCCAAUCUUUCUCUUUUUAGUCGCGGUGAAGUUAUGGGAAGUUUAUUUGAUCCGUGGUCGGGAUCCCAGCUGUCGAGCCUCUCUCCCACCUGGGUCCAUGGGCUUACCUUUCAUUGGAGAGACGCUCCAACUCCUUCUCCAGAGGAGAAAGUUCCUGCAGAUGAAACGGCGGAAGUAUGGCUGCAUUUACAGAACGCAUCUCUUUGGCAACCCCACAGUGCGUGUCAUGGGAGCGAACAACGUCAGACAGAUUCUGCUGGGCGAACAUAAACUUGUCGCGGUGCAGUGGCCCGCUUCCGUCAGAACUAUUUUGGGAUCGGACACGCUCUCCAAUAUGCACGGGACUCAGCACAAAAACAAGAAGAAGGCUAUAAUGAGAGCUUUCUCCCGGGAUGCCUUGGAACACUACAUCCCCGUGAUCCAGGAGGAGGUGAGGAGCGCCGUGACGGAAUGGCUAGAGAAGGACUCCUACGUUCUAGUCUACCCGGAGAUGAAGCGCCUAAUGUUCCGCAUCGCCAUGAGGAUCCUCCUGGGCUUUGACCCGGACCAGAUCAAAACCGACGAACAGGAGCUGGUUGAGGCUUUCGAAGAGAUGAUCAAGAACCUUUUCUCCCUGCCCGUCGAUGUCCCCUUCAGCGGUUUGUACCGGGGAUUGAAAGCCCGAAAUUUAAUCCACUCCAAAAUCGAGGAGAAUAUCCAGAAAAAAAUUGAUGGUGGUGAGGUGAAACACAGAGAUGCGCUACAACAGCUGAUAGAGAUCAGUAGGAACAGUGACGAGCCGUUCAGCAUGCAGGUAAUACUCUCUACCCUAUACAUGUAUCCCCCAUCUUCAACCACAGAGACGAGCCGUUCAGCAUGCAGAGACGAGCCGUUCAGCAUGCAGGUAAUACUCUCUACCCUAUACAUGUAUCCCCCAUCUUCAACCACAGAGACGAGCCGUUCAGCGUGCAGGUAAUACUCACUACCCUAUACAUGUAUCCCCCAUCUUCAACCACAGAGACGAGCCGUUCAGCGUGCAGGUAAUACUCUCUACCCUAUACAUGUAUCCCCCAUCUUCAACCACAGAGACGUUGGGUGGCGGCAGGUAGCCUAGUGGUUAGAGCGUUGGGGCCAGUAACCGAAUAAGAAUUUGUUCUUAAGAUGAUAAAUGUACAUUUAAACCAGAUGUGGUGUUAUAAGAAUCUCUGCUCAGUGAGUAAUAAUAAUAAAACAAAUGUCUCUCCUCCCUCUCUCCUCUUUCCCUCUCUCCUCUUUCCCUCUCUCCUCUUUCCUCUCUCC